GCUUUCUUUCCGGUUGUGUGCCCUCUCGUCGCCAUCAUGAAGGUCGAGUUGUGCAGUUUCAGUGGGUAUAAGAUAUACCCCGGCCAUGGCCGCCGAUACGCCAGGAUAGACGGAAAGGUGUUCCAGUUCUUGAACCACAAGUGCGAGGCUGCUUUCCUGUCCAAGAGGAACCCCCGACAGAUCAACUGGACUGUGCUGUACAGACGCAAGCACAAGAAGGGACAGUCUGAAGAGGUGAGCAAGAAGCGCACCCGUCGUGCUGUCAAAUUCCAGAGGGCCAUCACUGGGGCCUCCCUGGCUGAGAUCAUGGCCAAGAGGAACCAGAAGCCUGAGGUCCGUAAGGCUCAGAGGGAACAGGCCAUCAGAGCUGCCAAGGAGGUCAAGAAGGUGAAGCAGGCCUCCAGGAAGCCCGCUGCCCCAAGUGCAAAGUCCGCCACCAAGACUGCACAGAAACCCAAGGUUGCCAAGACCAUGAAGAUCAGCGCACCCCGUGUUGGUGGAAAGCGCUAAGCUCAUGAUUUAGGGUUGUGAAUAAAAUUUUGUGGUUAACCAUCA